AUGGCUGGAGCUCGUCGACUACAAUUGGCCGGUUUGGCCCUGCUUGGUGGUGUGUCCGCCCUGCAGAUGCAGAUGCAGGUACCUGAGCAACAAGCGCCGAUGAUUGCCGACGAUGCGCCUGUCGUCGCAACCUCCCCGUCCACCGCGUCCUCGUCGUCUUCCAAGAAGCCCUUGGUCGAGACUGAGGCUCUUCAGGAUACCAUCAAGGCCGACAAUCUGCUCGCGCGCGCAAAGGACCUCUACGAUAUCGCCAAGUUGGGAGAGGAGGAGUACAACCACCCCACGCGUGUCAUUGGCAGCGAUGGUCACCUCGGAACUCUGGAGUACAUCUACUUCGAGCUCGCGAAGCUGGGCGAUUACUACAAGAUCUGGAACCAGACCUUCCCUGCCGUGUCGGGCAACGUCUUCGAGUCGCGCCUCGUCAUCGGGAACGAUGUGCCAAAGUCGGCCUCUCCCAUGGCUCUGACCCCACCCACGAAGGAUAAGGAGCCCGUAUACGGCGACCUCAUUUUUGUCGAGAACAAUGGAUGCGACGCUUCCGACUACCCCUCCAAGGUGAAGGGAAAUAUCGCCUUCAUCCGCCGCGGCACCUGUGCGUUUGGAGCCAAGAGCGAGCAGGCCGGCAAGGCUGGUGCUAUCGCGGCCGUCGUGUACAACUACGAGACCGAGACUGUGCACGGCACCCUUGGAACCCCUUCUCCCGACCACAUUGCCACGUUUGGUCUGGGUGGUGACGAUGCUAAGCCCAUUCUCGAGAAGCUGGGCAAGGGCAAAUCCGUCGACGCUAUUGCCUACAUUGAUGCGGUUGUCAACACCAUUGAGACCACCAACAUCCUUGCCCAAACUAUCGAGGGCGACCCGGACAACUGCGUGAUGCUCGGUGGACACAGUGACAGUGUUGCCGAGGGACCUGGCAUCAACGAUGACGGCUCUGGCAGCUUGAGUCUCUUGGAGAUCGCCACUCAGCUGACCAAGUUUAGCGUCAACAACUGCGUUCGCUUCGCCUGGUGGGCAGGUGAGGAGGAGGGUCUUCUCGGCUCUGACUACUACGUUGACGUCUUGCCUGAGGAGGAGAACCAGAAGAUUCGUCUCUUCAUGGACUACGACAUGCUUGGCAGCCCCAACUACGCGUACCAGGUCUACAACGCCACGAACGCCGUCAACCCCACUGGCUCCGAGGAGCUGCGUGACCUCUACGUGGACUGGUACAAGGCUCACGACCUUGCUUACACUUUUAUUCCGUUCGACGGUCGCAGUGAUUACGACGCUUUCAUCCGCAAUGGCAUCCCCGGCGGUGACAACGAUUUCGCAUUGAACGACGAUGCCCGCCUUCGUUGUACCUAUGCUGCGAGGGAGCACCAGAUACAACUUCGCCGGCAGGACGUCGAGAGGCUUGAGCAGCAUAUACGAGACCUGCAGGCAGAGAACGAUAAUCUGACCGGGAGACUAGCCGAGCAUCAACGCCAAGCAGACACCGCGGAUGAGAGGCUUGCGACUCCGACUACGACGUCGAGCCUGGGGCUGCAGACUGACGAGGCUGAAGCACCAGCUGCUGGGGGCGGCGAGAUUGCUAGCCAGGUCAUUCAUCUAUCACUCAGCGCUGGUGGUGGUCGAGACUUUGUCGGCUCGACGAGCGGUUUGUUCCUCGCCAAUCUGCUACAGUCUCAUAGCCAGUCUUCCGAGGCACCUAGCCAUACCGUCGGCCAAUACCCAAGCUCAACAUCCCGCCAUCAUGGACGUACGGGAAGCCUUGUGCCCACCAGUGGAGCUACCAGUCUGCCGCCAAGGAGCAUGACGGUAGAGAUACUAGAUGCAUACUCCAGUCACGACCGGCUUUGCUAUCCGUUUCUCUCACCGAAAGCACUGGACCGGGCCCUAGACGUUGUCUACGACGUAGGAAACCCAGAGAAGGGGAAUCCGAUCGACAGCUUUCUUGUCGACAUGACUCUUGCCAUCGGGACCGCACAAGUCUACAAGUUGAACUGGAACGGGUUCUGGGAUUCCGAGGUUCACUAUACACGCGCCAUGACGCGCUUGGGCGAUGUUCUCUCUCGCGGAGGUAUCACUGCUCUUCAGGCCUUGCUUCUGAUCUGUCAGUACAGGAUGGGAACAACCUCACACGACACGAGCACCAGCGUCUGGCACCUGAUUGGGGUUGCGGCGAGGACAUGCUUCGAGCUGGGUUUGCACAAGGGGUCGACGUAUACCGUCCCUUUAUCACGACCCGGUAACGAGGCGGAUGUGGAGGGAAGACAUGAAGACGUUGAAAUCAAGAGAAGGUGUUUCUGGAGUGUGGUAUCGAUGGAUCGGAUUGCCAGUCUCAUCCUGGGACGGCCGCUGGCUAUCCAGCUUGAGGAUAUCGACGUCGACCUUCCGCCCUUCGAUGUGCCUGGAAGCCCCGUCCCACUUUCCAAUUCACUAUCGACGGCCUCUUUCAGGACCCCAGAGUGGCAUCUUGGAACCGCAAUCUUCGUUCAAAUUGUCAGGUACCGAAUGAUUUGCGGCAAGAUUCUCAACGUCCUCCAUCGCAGCGCGAACAUAGCCCGAGACCCAGUCACCUACGAAGAUAGUCGAAACGCCCUCGCCGAAGAGCUCCAGUCAUGGCGCGAGGGGACAAAUAACCUUCCACUGAUUGCCCCAGAGGCGCCGCUCACCUCGCCCGCCAGCAGGUCCAGUUUCCGCUCGGCAGAAUGGUACAAUCUCCUGUACCACAACGGAAUCUUGAUGCUGUUCCGCCCAUCUCCCACCCUAUGCGAUGCCACUGGAAAUAGCAUCGUGCUACAGCACAUGUUUGACUCUUCGCAAGAGGCCAUCAAGCUGUACGCUAACCUGCACCGCUCCAGAAAGAUUAACUAUUCUUGGGUGACACUUCACUCCAUCUUCAUCGCAGGACUCUCCUACAUCUAUGCACUGAGAAAUCAUCUCCAGCAUAUGCAAAGCCGGAACCCCGCGAAUGCCAACACGCCCAGAGCCACACUGCGAACAACUCCCACAAUCAGCCAGGUGGUCAACGAUACCCGAGCCUGCUCAAAGGUGCUGGUGGCUGUGUCCGAGAGAUGGGCCAUGGCGCGCAACUGCUCCGAAGUAUUCGACCGUCUUAGUGACGCCGUCGUCGCAGACAUUGUCGAAGCCCAAACUGGAAACGGUUCAUCAUCGAAUGAGCCGGCUUAUAACAACCAACCCACAGGCGAGACUGAGCACCUAUCUCAAGCUAUGGAGAUGAGCCUGAAUGAUGCCAUGUAUGGUCAAGGCCCUGGCCAGAACUUUGUUAACAUGACAGUCGACGAGACUUUACGAGACUGUUUUGGGGACCUGCAGAAUAUCUGCUAUGACCAGUAUCACAGCGAUGCUAUUGCUCAACUUUCCCAAGAUUGGCUGUUUGGAAUGGGAGAAACUCCGAGUCGCUACUUCUAG